UCACUUUUUCAUUUCCGUUUCCUUUUCCCUCCUCGGACUCGUGCAGAGAUGAGCAUCGCGACCGUGCCGAGCUACGGCCUCAGGCACGUGUCCACCACCCGCCCAUGGCUGAUAAAGACUUUACGGUUCUCCUCUACUCCAUUCGCUUCUCUGGCUUCGGAGCAAGCCGAGCCAAACACGAUGCAAUCGAGUAACAACGUUAACAAGCCGACCUCGAAUUUCCCGAAGCGAGGACAGACGGUGGAGCUUGUCUGCGAGUCGCUGGCUUUCAAAGGGAAAGGUCUGUGUAAAGUCGCCGACACUGGGUUCGUCGUCAUGUGCGACCGUGCGCUCCCCGGUGAGCGCUUCAUUGGCCGCGUCACUCGCCGGAAGGGCAGCUAUGCCGAGGUGACGAAAGUAGAGACAAUAUCUCCACACUGGGACUUGGUGGAUGCCCCUUGUGAGUACGCUUCUUACUGUGGAGGGUGUAAAACGCAAAAUUUAGCUUACGAGGCGCAGCUGCGAGCCAAGGAGCAACAAGUCCGCGACUUGGUGAUUCAUGUUGGGAAGUUUUCUAAAUCGGAACUGGAAUCUCUAGAAAUUAUGAAGCCCAUUGUUCCCUGCGAUAUCCAGUUUCAUUACAGGAAUAAGAUGGAGUUUUCAUUUGGUCCUGAAAGAUGGGUCCCUAAAGAAUUAUUAGCAGAAAAAAAUGAGGGAGAUAAGAUUAAGAACUAUGCACUGGGACUGCACGCUCCUGGAUUUUUCGAUAAAGUCUUAAAUGUCAACAAGUGUUUGCUGCAAAGUGAGCCUGCCAAUAUGGUUCUUGUGGCUAUCCAAGAUUGUUGGAGAGAUGUAGAUUUAGGUCUCUCUCCUUAUAAUGUUCACUCUCAUAAAGGUUUUCUUAAGCAUCUUAUGCUGAGAACUGGAAGGAACUUGAAGACUGGUCUUCCUGAACUCAUGGUUAAUUUUGUGACCUCAUCUUACAAGCCAGAGCUGCUGAUGCCUCUUGUCGAACGAGUUUCAGCUAUCCCUGAAGUGUUCAGCGUGAUGAAUAAUGUAAAUACUUCUGUCGGUAACACUUCUGUUGGGGAGGAGGAAUAUACUUUGUAUGGAAAACCGACCAUCACAGAAACCUUACGAGGGCUUACUUUUCAGAUAUCAGCCAACUCUUUCUUCCAGACAAAUACUCGCCAGGCAGAAGUUCUUUAUAGUCUCAUAGAAGAGUGUGCUGGUCUCAGAGGAGAUGGCUCAGAGAUUGUUCUAGACCUGUUUUGUGGGACUGGCACCAUUGGUCUGACUCUUGCAAGCAGGGUCAAACAUGUUUACGGGUAUGAAGUAGUUGCUCAAGCAAUCUCAGACGCUCAUCUGAACGCUGAGCUAAAUGACAUCCGUAAUGCGACAUUCGUGCAAGGGGAUCUGAAUAAAAUUGAUGCAAGUUUCGGGAACAAUUUUCCUAGACCUGAUAUUGUGAUUUCAGAUCCAAACCGACCGGGGAUGCACAUGAAGUUGAUUAAGUUUCUCCUAAAGCUCAAGGUGCCGAGAAUAGUUUAUGUAUCGUGUAAUCCAGCAACCUGUGCACGUGACCUUGAUUAUCUUUGUCAUGGAGUGGCAGAGCAAAAUAUAAAAGGGUGUUACAAGCUGAAGAGUCUACAGCCAGUAGACAUGUUCCCACACACUCCUCAUAUCGAGUGCGUAUGUCUGUUGGAGCUCUGUGACAAUCCCAGUUGAGCUUAUGCAUCUCAUUACCAAGGAUGUGCAAAGAUUGUGAGUAAACUGCACAAUUACAGUCAUAAUGGUGACUGGAAGUAGCAGCUGGGAGUGGCGCAUGAAAAAUCGUUUAAGAUUGACACAUUUAGAGCGGCUGGGAAAGGGCAACAACUGCAGGUCUAGAGAGAUCCAAUGCCAUUGCCCCUCAUCAUCAAUUCGUGCUGCAUUUUCGGAAUUUUUCUGUUUAUUAUGAUUGAUUUCUGACCUUAAAGUGGUUGUAGAGUCUCAUUUGAUGGAAGAAGAUAAAAGAAGUGAGUUUUUUUACAUUAUAGUAUUCUAUGUCAAUGAAGCGCGUUACUGGGCUUUUCUUCAAAAAGAAAAGUUUCGGAAAGCAGUACCAACGUACAUCUUUUUUUUUUUUUAGUU